CUCCCUUCAGCCAUCAUGUGGAUCCAGGUGCGCACCAUGGACGGCCGGCAGACCGAGCGGCUCGACAACCUUUCCAAGCUGACCAAGGUUGAGGAGCUGCGGCAGCGGAUCCAGGAGGUGUUCGGGGUGGAGCUGGAGCGGCAGCGGCUCUUCUACCGGGGUAAGCAGAUGGAGGACGGCCACACGCUGUUCGACUACAGUGUCAACCUGAAUGACAUCGUGCAGCUGAUGGUGCGGCAGGUCCCGGUGUGUGUGUCCCCGGUCACCGAGGAGAAGGACGAAGUACCGGAGGAGCAAGAGGAGGAGGCCAAGAUGACCGAGAUAGAGCCGGAGGAAGAGCAGGAGCUCCCCUCCACCGAGCUCGCCCUGUACAAGGCCGACCAGCUGGUGGACGCCCGGGACCUGAACAUGGGAGCCUGGUUCGAGGCCCAGGUGGUGAAGGUGACCCGGAAACCCGCUUCUGAGGACUUCCUCUACCACAUCCGGUAUGAGGACUACCCUGAGGAAGGGGUGGUGCAGCUGACUGAGAAGGAUGUAAGACCCCGGGCCAGGACCACCCUAAACUGGGACCAGCUGGCGGUGGGACAAGUGGUCAUGGUCAACUACAACCCGGAUGAGCCCGGUGCGAGGGGCUACUGGUAUGACGGAGAGAUUGUCCGUAAGUCUCCGAAAAAGGAAGUCUACGCCAACAUCUCUCUGGGGGGCGCCAAGGAUGCCAUAGACUGCAAAAUUAUAUUUGCGGAUGAGAUUUUUAAGAUUGAAGAGCCCCGGGCUACGCCGCCGGUGUCAGAGUCCCCCCAGAACAAGCAAGGCGGUCCCCAGUGCCGGUACUGCAGGGACGACCCCAAAACGAAGUGUCGCAUGUGCGCCUGUCACGUGUGCGGUGGUAAACAGGACCCUGCCAAGCAGCUGUUGUGUGAUGAGUGCGACAUGGCUUUCCACAUGUACUGCCUGCAUCCCCCGCUGACAGCCCUGCCGCUAGACGACGACUGGUACUGCCCCGAUUGCAGGAACGACACCAGCGAGGUGGUGCUGGCGGGGGAGAAGCUGAAGGAGAGCAAAAGGAAAGCCAGGAUGGCGUCCGCUAGCUCAUCGUCUCAAAGGGACUGGGGCAAAGGCAUGGCAUGCGUGGGUCGUUCCAGGCAGUGCACGAUUGUCCAGUCCAAUCACUAUGGCCCAAUCCCUGGAGUACCGGUCGGCACCAUGUGGAAGUUCCGAGUUCAGGUUAGCGAGUCUGGCGUGCACAGGCCGCACGUGGCUGGUAUUCAUGGGAGAAGCAAUGACGGCUCCUAUUCGCUGGUGUUGGCAGGAGGUUACGAAGAUGACGCUGAUGACGGCCAUGAGUUUACUUACACCGGCAGUGGAGGCCGUGACCUCUCCGGUAACAAACGCACCGCUGAGCAGUCAUGUGACCAGAAACUUACCAACAUGAACAGGGCUCUAGCCAUGAACUGCAACGCACGCAUCAACGACAAGGAGGGGGCUGAAGCCAAGGAGUGGCAGGCGGGUAAGCCUGUGCGUGUUGUGCGCAACGCGAAAGGGAGAAAGCACAGCAGCUACGCUCCAGAAGAUGGCAACAGGUAUGACGGCAUUUACAAAGUGGUCAAGUACUGGCCCGAAAAAGGAAAAUCUGGGUUCCUCGUGUGGCGGUAUCUGCUCAGGAGAGACGACAAGGAACCUGCCCCAUGGACCAAGGAGGGCAAGGAGCAGAUAAAGAGACUAGGCCUCACCAUGCAGUAUCCUGAGGGUUACCUAGAAUCUGUUGCCAACAAAGAAAAAGAAAAUAUUGGUGAUGAUGACGACGAUGAAGAUGACGAUUUGGAGCCUCCCACCAAAGGCAAGCGGAAGAGGAAGUUGAAGGCUGAUAGUGAUGAGGAGGAGGAGAAUGAUGAGGAUUCUGAGGCAACGUCCAAGAAAACCAAAGUGGAAAAGUACAAGCUCACUUCAGAACAAAAAGCCCUGAUUGAAAAAGAUGAGUCAAAUGCCAAACUAUGGAAUGAAGUGAUGACAUUUCUUAAAGAUGGUCCAAAAUUUAUCAACAAGGUGGAAGAGACCUUCCUGUGCAUCUGCUGCCAAGAAGUGGUGUACGAGCCGGUCACCACCGAGUGCCUGCACAACAUCUGCAAGACCUGCCUGGAUCGUUCCUUUAAAGCCUCUGUGUACUGCUGUCCUGCUUGUAGACACGACCUCGGGAAAAACUACAAUAUUCAAGUGAACAAGCCAUUGCAAGCUCUUCUCCUACAGCUAUUCCCUGGUUAUGAGCGAGGCCGGUAAUUCAAGUGAGAUCCCUUAGG